CAUGAGAAAGAAGGUAUCGCUGCCAUGGUUCCCUGAGAAGUUGAAAAUUGUGUUGAAUCAAAUUUUAAGGAAAAACCUCGCACCAAUUUGUGGAGCGAAUUCUGUGUUGAAGGGUCUUCUAUAUAACUUCAAAAGAACAAUCUUGGUCGUUGAAUUUUGGUGGGCCAUGCUUGAGUUGUGAUAGCCAUCAACAUGUUCUCCUGUUCCCACCAUUUUUACUAUAUAUUUAGAACCGUAAGAGAAAAAAUGAAAUAAACUUGGUAAGAAGAAGAAAAAUGGCAAAUUUUGUUUUGCGGGUUCCAAAUACUUUAAGGAGUUUCGCCACGUUUGCUUCGUCCAACCCCAACGGUGCUCCACCUGGUGGUUCUGGAAGCAGUAGUGGUGGGGGUGGAGGUCCUGUGAUAUUGGAAAUUCCUAUAGAUAAGAUUAGAAGGCCUUUGAUGAGGACCAGAGCAAAUGAUCCAAACAAAGUUCAGGAAUUAAUGGAUAGUAUCAAGGAAAUUGGUCUUCAAGUGCCAAUUGAUGUCCUGGAGGUUGAUGGAGUCUAUUACGGUUUCUCUGGUUGUCAUCGCUAUGAGGCUCACCAGCGCCUUGGACUCCCCACCAUCCGUUGCAAAAUACGCCGUGGUACAAAAGAGACUCUAAGGCACCAUCUGCGCUAAGCUGUGAUCAUCUUAUUGUUCAAAGUUGGUACAUGAUGAUUAGCAAUGACAGGACACAACACAGAAGUGUUCUUUUUCUCAUGGCAUUGUGAUUCCUGUGGACAUUGCAAAUUUUAUAUAUGAUUUCUCUUAACUCUGUUAUGUUGCAUCUGUUAUUGCUUCCUCAAGUUCUUUGUAGGAAAGCACUAUUCUUCUGGUCACACCCAGAAAAGGAUAACAAAGUUAGGAACAAUAAACAACAUCAAGCGUUAUUAUCUGCUA